CUUUCAACAACUCAACGUGCGCCGUUAUGCGAUGGCAUAAACCGACGUGGGACGUUGUGGGAGGGACAACACGAUGCUUAAUAUUUCCAUUCCACCACGGGCUAAAUUUGGAGGUGUUCUUCAACAACGAUGCAUGUCCCGGUCAACUCUCCCUUUCACAUCCCCAUUUAUAGGACCCUCGAAGGCGAUCCCGUGGAGGCAAUUGAUGCGUCGUGAAUCAUAUUUAUAUGCAUAUGCCAAUCGCCGUAGGAUUCACACGGCUCUAGUACCGCCUCUUGUGUUUGGAGCAUUAGUGGUCACGUUAUGGACAUGGAAAUGUCUCAUGAUGAUUCUUUUCCAGAAUAAGAUCAUUUAUAUGCCCGGGUUACCACCAAAUGCCAGACGAGAACAGAUUGCGGAUUAAAAAAAUCAGAGUGGAGGGAUCGUUUGGCGUGAGGAGAGGAUCAAGUCUCUGGAUGGCACUCGCAUUAGUUUGUGUAUUGCCAGUGUGGAACACGGGAGUAACACUUUAAUGAAGUCCCUUUUGAAGACGGUUUAUAUUUUGUAUUUUCAAGGUUGCUCUCUCUACCUUAUUCCUCAUUCUUGUAUUCUGGUUAGGAGCAUAAGCUAAGUGGCUACAGGAAAUGCUUCCUCCCUACCACCCCGUCUCCCAUUCCUCUCACCCAUCCUCCGCAUCCUCAAACAGCGAGCUGUUACCUCCAACCUUCCAGUCAAAUACGUCCUAGUCUGCUGCAGCUACCGCGGCUACUGGACCUCCAGUGGUCGUCCCUCAGAACAAGGCAUCGCCCACGACGCCCUAGCCUCUCUACAAUGGAUAGCAACCCAAGCAACUUCCUCACCCACCGUCCCCACCCCCCUCAUAAUCUGGGGCCAAAGCAUCGGCGCAGGCGUAGCCUCAACCCUCUCUUCCUCCUUUCCCCCUUCCCUCUCCUUUCCCCCUUCCCUCUCCAAAUCCCUCCCUCUCAAGACUCUCAUUCUCGAAACCCCGUUCCUUAGUAUCCAUGCUAUGUUACAGACUCUGUACCCGCAGAAAUGGCUUCCGUACCGGUAUCUCUGGCCCUUUCUACGGAAUCAUCUUGAUUCUGAGAAGGCGCUGGGGGUCAUGAGUGAGAGGUGGGGAGAGAGAGGGGAGAUGACUCCGAAGGUCUGGAUUUUGCAGGCGGGGAGGGAUGAGCUUGUUCCUGCUGGGCAUGCGGAGAGGUUGGAGGGGAGGUGUAGGGAGGUGGGUGUUGGGGGGGCUUUGCAUACGGAGGUUUUGGUUAGGGCGGAGGGGGUGAGGGCUGUUGUUGAGGCUGUUGAGGAGGUUGCGAGGGAGGGGUGGGAGGUGGAAGAAGUAUGA